UCUAGAUUCUCCUUCCGCCUCCCACUUGUUACUUUGCUUCUUUAUUGUGACCACAAAACGGAACUCAAAAACUACAACACGAACCACACAAUUACAAACCCAAAUACAGAAUGUUAGAUCAGAGCAGUAUCUUAUGCUUAAAAAGUAGUACCACCUGGGCUCGAGUCUGCGAUACCUGCCGCUCCGCCCCCUGCACAAUAUACUGCCGCCCAGACGCUGCGUAUCUCUGCACUGCCUGCGACGCCCGGAUCCACGCCCCCAACAAGCUGCAAUCUUCCCAGCACGAACGUGUGUGGGUAUGUGAAGCGUGUGAGCAAGCUCCAGCGGCUUUUAUAUGCAAAGCCGACGCCGCCUCCCUCUGCACCACCUGUGACGCCGAUAUCCAUUCCGCCAACCCUCUUGCACGGCGGCACCACCGCGUCCCGGUCAUGCCGAUUCCAAGUGCUCUCUAUGGACCUCAGGCUGCUGAUCCAAGGACUGUGAUGGGGCUAGGAGUUGAAUCUCAAAGUGGGUUUUUGUCACACGACGGUGAAGACACCAUUGACGAUGAGGAUGAAGACGAAGCAGCUUCAUGGUUGUUGUUUGAUGGUCUGCCGCCUCCCAAGAACAGCCAAAAUCAAAAUGGUAAAGAUAAUGGGUAUUUGUUUAGUGGAGAAGGAGGCGACGAUGAGUACUUGGAGUUCAUGGAAUUCGGUGAGGAUCAGCAACAAUGCUAUAAGGUGACGGAAAAGAUGUAUGGUGGUGGCAACGCCGAUAGUGUGGUGCCGGUUCAGAAAAAUCAUCACCAGCAAGAGUUUCAGAGCCAGAAGUUUCAGUUGGGGAUGGAAUAUGAGACUUCCAAUGGUGGUGGUUAUGGCUAUCCUGCACUUACUCAUAGCGUUUCCAUGUCAUCAUUGGAAGUCGGAGUCGUGCCUGAUUCAUCAAGAACGGAGGCUUCAAUUUCACAUUCUAGACCCUCAAAGGGGACGAUCGAUCUAUUCUCAAACCCUCCGGUUCAGGUACUGCCUACCCAACUCACUCCAAUGGAUCGUGAGGCUCGGGUAUUGAGGUAUAGGGAGAAGAAGAAAACAAGAAAAUUUGAAAAGACUAUUCGUUAUGCAUCAAGAAAAGCAUAUGCAGAAACAAGACCAAGGAUCAAAGGUCGUUUUGCUAAAAGAAACAAUGGAGAGGAGGAUGUGGACCAAAUGUUCCUUACCAACCAUAUGGUAGAAGGUGGAUAUGGUAUCGUCCCAUCAUUUUAAAUAUGGAUAUGGUAAGAUGAUCAUAUUAGCAUCAUCUUAGUAAGCAGGACUCAAUCAUCUUCAGCAUAUGGGUUCGCUUUAGUUGUAAACAUAACUGCAAAGCCUUAAUUGUUUUUUGCUUUUUCUUUCUGAUAUAUUUUGUGUUGUGGGGAUAUAAAAUAAUAACCUUUAUCUUUUUUCAAAUUUCAAGUGUUCUUUCAUUUCUCUUGUGAGUUGUGACUUUGGUCAGGCCCAUUUGGCCUUAUUUACAGACGAAGCCCAAGUCCAUUGGUUUAAAAUUGGAGGUGUUGAUUAAGAUUUUAUUGAUCAAAUUUACCAAUGUAACCUGUGCAUGUUUCUUGUAAUACCAUUGACAAAAACCUUCCUUAAGAAUAUUAUUAUUAGAUUUGUAAGAAACAA